AUGACUGACUUACAAGACCAAGAGCCAAGUAUAAUUAUUAAUGGGGAUUUAAACCCAGAAGAAGAAAUCCCCGUUGAAGAAACUGCCUUCGAUGAACAAGAACAAGACCAAGAUGAAAAACCAAAGAAGAAGGUUGCCUUCACUGGCCUAGAUGAAGGAGAAUCCGAGGAAGAACAAAGAAAACGUGAAUUCGAAGAAGGUGGUGGAUUACCAGAACAACCUGAGAAUCCAGAUUUCUCUAAACUGAACCCUCUUUCUGCGGAAAUUAUCAAUAGACAAGCCACCAUUAAUAUUGGUACCAUUGGUCAUGUUGCUCACGGUAAAUCUACUGUAGUGAGAGCCAUUUCUGGUGUUCAAACGGUUCGUUUUAAGGAUGAAUUGGAGCGUAAUAUUACCAUUAAGUUAGGUUAUGCCAACGCAAAGAUUUAUAAGUGUCAAAACCCAGACUGUCCUGCCCCAGAUUGUUAUAGAUCAUUCAAGUCAGACAAAGAAAUUUCACCAAAAUGUCAAAGACCAGGCUGUGAGGGUCGUUAUAAACUAGUGCGUCACGUUUCCUUUGUUGAUUGUCCAGGUCACGAUAUUUUAAUGAGUACUAUGUUGUCAGGUGCUGCUGUUAUGGAUGCAGCAUUGUUAUUAAUUGCUGGUAACGAAUCUUGUCCACAACCCCAAACUUCAGAACAUUUGGCAGCCAUUGAAAUUAUGAAAUUAAACCAUGUGAUUAUCUUACAAAAUAAAGUGGAUUUAAUGCGUGAAGAAAGUGCAUUGGAACAUGAAAAAUCUAUUCUAAAGUUUAUCAGAGGUACCAUUGCUGACGGAGCACCAAUCGUACCAAUUUCAGCUCAAUUGAAAUAUAAUAUUGAUGCAGUUAACGAAUUCAUUGUCAAGACCAUCCCAGUUCCACCAAGAGAUUUCAUGAUCUCUCCACGUUUGAUCGUUAUUCGUUCAUUUGAUGUUAAUAAACCAGGUGCCGAAAUUGAUGAUUUGAAGGGUGGUGUUGCUGGUGGGUCCAUCUUGAACGGUGUCUUCAAAUUAGGUGAUGAAAUUGAAAUUAGACCUGGUAUUGUUACCAAAGAUGAUAAGGGUAAGAUUUUAUGUAAACCAAUUUUCUCUAACAUUGUCUCAUUAUUUGCCGAACAAAAUGAUUUGAAGUUUGCAGUUCCAGGUGGUCUGAUUGGUGUAGGUACUAAAGUCGAUCCAACCCUUUGUAGAGCUGAUCGUCUUGUUGGUCAAGUUGUUGGUGCAAAAGGCCAUUUGCCAAAUAUUUACACAGAUAUUGAAAUUAAUUAUUUCCUAUUACGUCGUCUAUUAGGUGUUAAGACUGAUGGCCAAAAACAAGCAAAGGUUAGAAAGUUAGAAACGAAUGAAGUCUUAAUGGUCAAUAUUGGUUCUACUGCUACUGGUGCUCGUGUCGUUGCCGUUAAAGCUGAUAUGGCAAGAUUACAACUAACAUCCCCAGCUUGUACUGAGGUUAAUGAAAAAAUUGCUCUUUCUAGACGUAUUGAGAAGCAUUGGCGUCUGAUUGGUUGGGCUACUAUUAAAAAGGGUACUACAUUAGAACCAGUAGCCUAA